AUGGAUAAUAAUAGAAUGAGUGUUGGAACUUCUGGUUCCCUGACAAAUAUUGGCACUCUCUCUCCUGUUGUUAUGUUUGAUUGGAUUCGGAACGAGAUACAAGAGCUUCAAUCUGACCAGCUUACUCUUAUUUUUGCGCAGGCAUUGGAACGACAAGCAGAUAGAGUACUUCAGUUAAUGCAGGAUGACGUGAACGUAAUAAUGCUCAAAUACGUGGGCAACUUUACGCGAAAUAAGAAUCAAAAAUAUCAGGACAUGGACGAUUUCGUUUUAAUUGCACAUUACCUAUGGAAAUUAUUAUGCAAAGUUUUAGCUUGGAAAGUUAAACGCAAUCAAAAUACUCGUCCAUUAGAUGAUGCCAAAAAGGAUGAACAGCUUCGCAUUAAUAAGGAUAACCCUUAUAAUUCGGCAAUUUUAAAGGUUUAA